UUCUCUGACGCUGUAUAAGGGAGACCCAUGACCGAAUAAACACGACUUUCCCCGACAAUGUAUGUCAUUACCUUUCUCCUCAUCGGAGCCUACGCUCUCCAUGGCGCGCAUGCACAGUCGGCGUCCACGAAAACCUUUCCCAUUCUCCUGAACUCGACUUCGACGCUCACUUUGGCUGUGCAGCCCUCCUGCGGCUCAUUGAAGACUGGGAACUUUACUGAAGUCAACACGGGGAUCCAGCUGGGGAAGAUCAGGACUGUGGUCAGUUUCGGGGAUUCGUGGACGUCGACGGGAGGUGACUGCGCCUAGUCCAUGACUCCGGAAAGCUGCGGUCUCACUCAGAUCCAAAACAGCGAACGGCACCGUUCCUCUACCACCUAUCCUUCAUCCACCUCUCCCAUCCGCGGGGGCUGCGAACUCAGAGAACAGGCGCGCCACGAACGGGUAUAUGUGGACUGAACGGCUGGCGGCUGACUUCAACGCCAAGUUGCUGGAUGUGUGUUCUGUUUCUGUCGGAGAUGAAAUGGUUAUAGAAAACAACUAGUAUUCUUGGGGUGGAGCUGUGAUCGACAACUUUGCGUACAACACCACCAGCCCUGCAAACGCCACGGGCAAGCCGCGAUCUGAUUUCGUGGCGCAGAUGGGGCUGUUCCAGCUGCAGGGCCGAUAUCUCGACGCGCUUGCACCGAGUUCCACGCUUUACACCGUUGCAUUUGGGAUCAAGUGAGUGUUGUGAAGUGCCUCGAACACGUGUGAUGCUCAAUCUAUUUUCCCAGCGACAAUGGACAGUACGGCCUGGGUUUGUUCCCAUGUGUAAAUCUGCCGGCUUCUAUGAUACUUACGGUUUCCCAGGGGGAGGUGAUAUCGAGACUGCGAUCAAUACAUACGUUUGUUUCAUCCCUUCCCUCUGAUCAUCCUCCCGCUGCAACUGAGUCUUCUGUGCAGAUCCAAAAACUGUCGAUCUUGCAAUCUCAGUUCAAGGCAACCAACAUUCUGAUCCACGGGAUGUACACGUCGCAUUCGGAGACAGACUACCUCCAGAGCCGGAUCUUCGAAUAUCUCGUCGCGUCGCACCUGACCAACGGCACGAAUUUCGCGUUCGUCAAUCUCCAGAGGCUGUUCUCGACGAUCGCGGCACAGCCCGCGGCGUUCGGAUACACCGGGAACGCGACGUGCUUGGUCAGCGCGAAUACUAUUGUGGGGGGAUGUGCAGAUCCAGACACGAGCGUGUUUUACAUUCGUGAGUUCCCGGACUUGGGUGCCACCAGGGUAGUUGCUGACCGAAUUUUGCUUACCAGCCGGUCAUCCGUCGAUGAUGACUCACGGGUUGAUCAAUGACUACACGCAGGCGGUUGUGGACGGAUGUGUCCUUAGCAGUGGAUAAUGGCAGUCAACUGCCAGUUAGCAAGAGCAACUGCCUUGUGAUAAUCAUGCUAGCCGCUAAAAAAAAAUAACAAGUACUCGAACAAGUGGUUAGACGUGUGAAUGACUGGUAGCUCUCUGGCUGUAUUACUUCCGACGAUUGAAUCUAGGCGCAGUUCUCCGCCCAGUUCGCAGCCGCAUGUUUCCAGAACAUGACAUCGGUCUGGACUCGGAACGUCCCAAUUUGACACCCCCGCUGGCGACUUGCGUCUCCCCUCCUCGAUACAGAUACCGUUUCGUCGCCGCCUCCAUUUCAGAAGACUCGUGGUGCGGGAGAGAAACAGCGGGGAGCUGAAGCCGCUGGAGACUCGUCACUCGACGCGAAGCGGGAGUGGAACUGCGACCCCGUUGAUGUUGAUCAGGACGCCGGGAAGAUGCAUUUGGGCAAGAGGUGAUGGUGGCCCGUGAUGGCAAUGAGACAGAGGAGACGGAGUAAGACGACGUCGUUGAUAGACGGUCCCAGUCUGGGUCUGAUGAAGGAGUGCCUGGCCGAGAGAAGCCGCUCGAGUCCGAGUCGGCGCUGGAGGAGGCCGGCGAUUCAGCCCAUCGCCGGUCCCAGCAGGGUGUCAAAGGAGGGCAGUAUUUCUGAUGUAGCUGGGUGGAGGGUCCUGCUGCUGUUGGAGCUGACGCGUAAGGCAAAUGCUCUUGCGAGUGGCGAGCGCGCGCCGAAUCCAGCGUGGCGCGAAGCGAGGAGAUGGAGAUUCGCUGGCUGGUGCCGCCCGGAAGACGUGUAGGGAGCAUUUGGAUGGUGAAGGGUGCGAUGGCAAGUGAGGGCGGAAAGUAAGCAAGCAGACGAGCAGACGAGGCUUUAUUAACAUAAAAAUAGAAAAGCUAGCCCGAGCCCAAGAGUCUUCGCCCGCCGCGACGCGAGUCUAGGCCGUUCGCGUCCCAUCUGCCACAACGAGAGCGAAGAGGAUGAUCAUGCAUGGACCGAAGGAUCACACUCGCGCUUGGAGAGUUUCAAUCCCUCAGAGUUCGAUCAACGGAGAGUGGCCAGAACUGUAACGUCGGGGACCUGGAGCUUCUUAUGUCAGACAUAAUCAUGGUUAAGGAGAAAACCCGGGUGAAAGCGUAACUAUCCGCCCUGUCACAGUGAAUGAUGUGACUGAUACAGUGCCGUGUCAAUAAUUCGUCCCGACUCCCGACUCCCGACCGCUGGCAUGGCCGCUGCUCCCCCUCUCUUCUCUACGCUGGCUCUUCAUGAACGCGCCUUCUUGAUUCUGGCCCCAACAAGCAUGACAUACGGCGACUUGGCGGACUCCGAUUGCGACGACAACAUCUCCAUUGGACUGCAAGAGCUUUUCGGCCCGGGCGUCCCUCGCUGGUCCACUGAGAACGGCAACGCGGAAUCAUCCUUGCGCGAAUUCGCUCUGUUCUGACUGCUAGGUGCCUUGACGUAGAAGACCUCCUCUCGUUCCACGCCUCUUUUUUGCUAAAAGCAUACGAUUAUGGAUUUACAUCCACAGGGGCUCCGAGGAGCACUGGGCAGUUGUUUCGCUUGAGCUCGCUUCUGGCUCUCUUCCCUUCCGGGACACGUAAAAUGGGUGAGAAUUGGGUACAUAAGGACGUGCCGUGUCACUCUCGUCGACUCGCCUUGCGGUUCUUCUUCUCCCCCACCCUCGUUUGUCUUCGCUGCCCCGACUUUACAAUGUUCUCCACAACGAAAACCAGCUCUGCCUUGCUCGCAUUUGUUGCCUCUGCGGUCGCUGUCUCCAAUCUGCAAGCACCUACGUCCGUUCAGCCGGGUCAGAGCGUCACCGUGACUUGGUCCUCCGACAGCACGGAUACCCAGCCUGCUGUUCUCAUCAUGUACAGCAAGAAGACCUACAGCGGAGCAUUCGCUCUGGCUGACGACAUUGAUCUUCAAAAGAACAGUCUAACAGUUGAUCUGCCCCAGGUCUACACUGGCGACAACUUCACUUUCGAGAUCGUCAACAAAAACGACCAGAGCAAAGUUCUUGCCCAAAGUAACGCGUUCUCCGUGGGCGGAACCCCCGUGGCGUCGACCAUGUCCGCUGCUAGCACCGCAAGCCCGACUGCGACGGCCUCCGCUUCUGCUUCCGCCAAGCAUGCUUCAUCUGGCACUCAUUCCGCGAGUGCUACGAAGACGAUGUCAGGGUCUAUGACUCACAGCGGGUCGAUGACGGCCUCGGCCCAUCCGACGUCCUCUUCUGCGGCCUUCCCGUCGGGCACCUUCUCACUCGUCUCGUCGCUGGCGUCUACGAUAUCAAUGGAGAGCUCCGCGGCCGUGGCCGCGUUCUCCUCCGCCACCUCCAUGAUCGCAUCCUCCGCCUCGGCCGAGUUGUCCCACAUCGCUGCCUCGGCCUCGGCCUCUUCGAAGAACUCCGCGCCGCACGGUACCAAGCACGUUUCGCGUUCUGCUGUGGCCCUCGUGGCCGGUGGCUUGUUGAUUGGCGCCCUGAUGGGGCUGGCUUGAGUUUUUCUGUAUCGGUGCUGGCUCGGGCAUCGACAGCGGUGAUUGGCUGUGGUCUGUCUUUGUCAGAUAUGAACCUUGUGUCUGCGAUGUGUGCCGCGAAGGGCGGAAGGAACACUGUUUAUUAUGAACUGACGAAGUAACUUACCUACCCUUCAAGCUUGCUACGUACCUACUCUCGUUUCGAUCCUCCAUGCUGUUUGUUUGUUAAUACCCACUUAUCUCGUACGAUGCCCGGACUCUUCACCUCGGGCCCUGGCUGAUUAUCGCCCGCGCACCUGCCUUCGGUCCGGUUCAUCGCAAGUACGAUGACCCCAGCCUUUGAGAAAAAACAUCCCCAGAAGGUGCCAGGAGGUACAGCGCCGAGACAGGCCGGUUCUUCCCCGGAUGAUAAGCAUUUCGAGAACCAGCUCUGUUUGAUUGUUCAACUCGAAAAGCACGUACAACAAAAACAUGACUACAAAGCUUUAC